AUGACAAAUCAAGAUAAUGAGGGCUUGCUUUAAUCAAAUUAAACAACAAUUCUCAAGCCAGUUUGCGCAAAAAUAAGCAAUUUAAUUUUCACUGCUGGGGCUAUAGCUAUGUGGUUCACAUAUUUUACUUAUUAUGAGAUUAAUUUAUUACUUUUGGCUGGAAUAGUUUUUCCUCUUGAAAACUUUGUAUUCCUUGUGAUAAGAGAGAGUUGGCAAUUAUAAAUUAUCCGUUAUCGAUUUUUAAUGGUUUAUCCUUGGUCAAUAGUUGCCAUCAUUACUGCUUCAUUCCAUUCUUACAUUGGCAUUGAAAUGAUGCAAGCAGCCAGAUUCUAUGGAGAAGAUCAGGGAAGCACUAAUACUCACUUUACCCCUAGUAGCUUACUCUAGCUUCAGCUUUUCAUUUAUCUUUUGGUCCUCAUUAUUUUCCAGGCAUUCUCUUUCGAUAUUUAUGUGAAUAAGUUGGCUGGUUAUUAUCAUGAAGAAUUGGAAAAAAGGAAAAACCACAGAAACUAUCUUCAAAAUAGUAGUAUCAAUUAUAAUCAUAGUAGAGAUUACAAAAGAAUCAAUGAUAUGAAUUGA